AUGGGCAGCGGGCGGGCGCUGUGGCUGCUGCUGUUCGCCGCCCUGCUGGGCACCCAGGCAUUCCCCCAGACCAACAUCAAGAUCAGCCAAGCCCUGCCUGAGCCUGUCCAUGCCUACUCCUGCCCGCUCUUCUGGACAGAGUACGAGGGGCACUGCUACCGCUACUUCCCCAUCAACAAAACCUGGGCUGAGGCCGACCUCUACUGUGCUGAGUUCUCCAUCGGCAUCAGGUCAGCCAAGCUGGCCUCCAUCCACAGCUGGGAAGAAAACGUGUUUGUGUACGACCUGGUGAACAGCCGCGUGCCCGGCAUCCCCACCGACAUCUGGACAGGACUCAACGACCUGCGGCAGGAGGGUCACUUUGAGUGGACAGAUGGCUCCUCCUUCGACUACCACUACUGGGAUGGCAGCCAGCCUGACGAUGGGAUCCACUCCAUCCCGGAGGAGGAGGACUGUGUGCAGAUCUGGUACAGGCACAGCAGCGCCCUGCGCUCCUGGAACGACAACGCCUGUGGCAGAGCCUUCCCCUUCGUCUGCAAGAUCCCCUCGCUGGCCCUGGACUGAGGCUCUGGUGCUGCCCACACCCCCUCCAGUCUGGGUCACCUCAGCUGUGCCAGGGAACAGGCAGAACUGGCUGCAGGAUCCCUCCUGGAGCGUGGUGGGGAUGAACCUGGCACUCAGCACUGACAGCAGCUGCACUCAGCUGCAAAGGAGCCCCCAGGCCUGACUCUGGCUGAGGACUUCAACCAUCCCAGUGUGUUAGAGGAAACCCACCAUCUUACCUGUACACCAAACUGUUAGCACCCAAAAAUAGCCCUGUGUAGGAAAUGCUUUUGCCUGUUGGUCUGUGAAGA